GCUUGGCAUCGUUACAAAAGCAUUAGUCCCUUUCUCUCUCUCUCACUCUCUCUCUCUUAGUCAUCAUCUAUAACACCCUUUACUCACUACUAGUGCUACUAGCCUUUGCCUCUUUGCUUAUUGCCACCACUACUACCCCAUGUUUUCUCAUUGCAUUCAUCUCUUUUUGUUGUCUUAUAUAUAAAAUAAAAAUCCAACCUUGUUGAACAUUAACUCAUGUCACACACCAAUAUGAUACCUCAGUCUCUUUUUCUAUCAGGGUUUUCUUUUAUUAUUAUUUGUUUUGGUUGAUGGUUACCACUCUUAUCUUUAUUUAUAGAACCCGGUUCUUGUUUCCUGCAUCCUUGUUGCUAUCACUAUAUAUAUGCUGAUACACUGGUUUUAGUGACCAAAGGUUGAGACUUUGACAAUGUCUUCUUCUGGUUAUGCCACAAGCAGUGCUUUGUUUUUUCUGUUUCUCGCUGUGCUGGUUGCAAAAGUUAGCUUUUGUUUUUCCACCAAGGUUUAUGUAGUGUACAUGGGAAGCAAAAGUGGGGAACACCCAGAUGAUAUUCUGAAGGAAAAUCAUCAAAUGCUUGCUUCUGUUCACAGUGGAAGCAUUGAACAAGCUCAAGCAUCUCAUGUUUAUAGCUAUAAACAUGCUUUUAGAGGCUUUGCAGCCAAGCUCAGUGAUGAACAGGCUUCCCAAAUUUCUAAAAUGCCAGGAGUGGUUUCUGUUUUUCCCAAUUCUAAGAGAAAGCUGCACACAACUCAUUCAUGGGAUUUCAUGGGACUUUUGGAUGACCAAACCAUGGAGACUCUUGGUUACUCCAUCAGAAACCAAGAAAACAUCAUCAUUGGUUUCAUUGAUACUGGAAUUUGGCCAGAAUCCCCAAGCUUCAGUGACACCGACAUGCCUGCAGUGCCACCUGGCUGGAAGGGCAAAUGUCAACAAGGAGAGGCAUUCAAUGCCUCAUCUUGCAACAGGAAAGUGAUUGGAGCUAGAUACUACAUGAGUGGAUAUGAGGCUGAGGAAGAGUCAGAUGCAAAAAUCUCCUUCAGAUCUGCAAGGGACAGCACUGGCCAUGGAAGCCACACAGCCUCUAUAGCUGCAGGGAGGUAUGUGGCAAACAUGAAUUACAAGGGUCUGGCUGGUGGAGGAGCAAGAGGAGGUGCACCAUUGGCCAGAAUUGCUGUGUACAAGACAUGUUGGGACUCAGGUUGCUAUGAUGUGGACUUGUUGGCUGCUUUUGAUGAUGCCAUAAGAGAUGGGGUUCACAUUUUGUCUCUAUCUCUGGGUGCUGAAUCACCCCAAGGAGACUAUUUCAGUGAUGCCAUUUCUGUGGGGUCAUUUCAUGCUGCUAGUCGUGGGGUGCUGGUCGUUGCAUCGGCUGGAAAUGAAGGGAGUGCUGCUUCUGCCACUAACCUUGCACCAUGGAUGCUCACUGUUGCUGCCAGCUCAACAGAUAGGGAUUUCACUUCAGAUGUCAUUUUGGGAAAUGGUGCUAAAAUCAUGGGUGAAAGUCUCAGUCUCUUUGAAAUGAAUGCCUCCACAAGGAUAAUUUCUGCUUCUGUAGCCAAUGGAGGAUACUUUACUCCUUAUCAAUCCAGUUACUGUUUGGAGAGUUCUCUGAAUAAAACAAAGAGCAAAGGCAAGGUUCUGGUGUGUAGACAUGUAGAGAGUUCAACGGAGUCAAAGGUGCAAAAGAGCAAGAUAGUGAAAAAUGCAGGUGGAGUUGGCAUGAUACUAAUUGAUGAGACAGAUCAAGAUGUUGCCAUCCCAUUUGUGAUCCCUUCAGCUAUUGUUGGAAAGAAAACAGGGGAACAGAUUCUAUCCUAUCUCAAGACUACACGUAAGCCAGUGUCAAGGAUAUUUGGAGCCAAGACAGUUCUAGGAGCACAUCCUGCACCACGUGUGGCAGCAUUUUCUUCUAAAGGCCCCAAUUCUUUAAACCCAGAAAUUCUGAAGCCUGAUGUCACAGCUCCAGGACUAAAUAUCCUUGCAGCAUGGUCUCCAGCAGCUGGAAAUAUGUUCAACAUUCUCUCAGGAACUUCUAUGGCUUGUCCUCAUGUAACCGGAAUAGCAACCUUAGUCAAAGCUGUCCAUCCUUCAUGGUCUCCAUCUGCUAUCAAAUCUGCCAUCAUGACCACUGCCACAAUUCUGGAUAAGCACCACAGACCCAUCAUUGCAGAUCCAGAACAAAGAUGGGCUAAUGCAUUUGAUUACGGAUCAGGGUUUGUGAACCCUGCUAGAGUUCUUGAUCCUGGUCUCAUCUAUGACUCAGAGCCAGCAGAUUUUGUUGCAUUCCUGUGUUCAGUGGGCUAUGAUCAGAGGUCACUCCAUCAAGUUACAAGAGACAACAGCACAUGUGACAGGGCAUUCAGUACAGCAUCUGACCUCAACUACCCUUCCAUUGCAGUGCCAAAUCUUAAAGACAACUUUUCAGUUUCUAGGAUUGUGACCAAUGUUGGCAAACCAAGAAAUGUUUAUAGAGCUGUAGUGUCUUCUCCACCUGGUGUUAAUAUCAGUGUUAUACCUAACAGGUUAAUCUUCACAAGAAUUGGGCAGAAAAUCAACUUCACUGUGAAUUUCAAAGUAACUGAUCCCUCAAAGGGGUAUGCAUUUGGGUUCUUGUCAUGGAGAAAUAGAAGAUCACAAGUCACUAGUCCUUUGGUUGUCCAAGUUGCACCUGGAAAAAAGGGGUUGGUCAGAUAGCAUUGCCUGUAAAUAUCUAAAUUAGCUAAAGAGCUUUGAGAAUCCUAGUCACUAGAACAACCAUUCAUAUUGAAAUCCUGAUGCAAACUAGAUGAUCAGUGCCAAAAUUGUAUUCAUUAUGUGCGUGGAGGAGCAACAACAGUUACCAAAAGUAAUAUCUAAAAGAGAUGGUAUAUUUAAAUUACUCUGAAAUUCAUUAUUUAUAAAUUGUUGCAACAUACUACUGGCGUAUACUUAUUUGAACUGAAAAUCCUGCAAAUAAGUCACAUCCACAUGUAGAUACCUGAGAUAAGCCAUGUUGCUCAUAUAUUUGUAAAGAAGUUGAAGCUCCAGUAGGUGGUAUUCUGGAAAUUCCGCAGUAAAUAGUUUGUGGGCAUUUCUACACUUUGUCUCUA